GAAAAAGGGAUAAUUUUUUUAGAAAAUAAAUGUUUCCACUUCAUUUCAGAUGUCUUACUGCAUUUACGUGUACUGGUUGGGCAAGGUCACUGAACUCCUGGAUACCAUUUUAUUCGUCUUAAGAAAAAAGUAUAAUCAAGUAACAUUUCUUCAUGUCUACCAUCACGCCUCUACCAUGUUCGGUACAUAUCUGCUGUUCCUUUACGAUCAGAGUGCUUCAGCCAUCUUCUUAGUGUUUAUCAACUCCUUAGUACAUGUGGUCAUGUACUUUUACUAUGGAUUAUCCGGUCUCGGCCCGGAAGUUGCCAAGUAUCUAUUUUGGAAGAGACAUAUUACCAAUUUUCAAAGAGUACAGUUUGUGUGUGUGUUCAUAUAUCAGUUCAUUGAUUUCUUCUUCACCACGUGCGAACACAGCGCUUUAGGAUUUCUUUACUUCGAGCUGUCUACGGCCUUUUUCUUUUAUUUAUUUACACAGUUUUAUAAUGCAAGUUAUAAUAAACCAAAAAAUCAAAAACCAAUCACAAAACAGGAAUGAUGUAAUUUUAAUAUUGUCAAUUUGGAAAAAUAUCGAUUAUGAAGGGCAAUAAAUUAUUUUCAAAUGAUACAUAAAUAUUUAAUUUACCUUUACUAACAUAUACAGGAUUAAUUAUUAAUGAUAGUUGUUUAAACUUAUAGAAUC